AUGGCCUCCUUCUGGCCACUAACCACCCUCCUCCACCAUCGCACUGCCUCAACCCUCUCCAGAACCACCACCUACACCCCCGCGCCCCGAAUCCACUUCGCAACCCGCCAGAACCCUACUCUCCCCCGUCGUCGCAUAAAAAUCUACCCGCCACCACCUAGACCGCCAACCACAGAUCCAAUAUCCGCGCUCACAGCGGCUCAGAUCAAAGCCCUGGACCCGGAUGGUUCCCGCACGGAGCUCUUCUCCCGGAGAAACCCGCAGGCGAUCCGACCGGGCGACAUCGUCUACGUGCGGCGCAAAAAUGGCGAACCAUUUUCCGGGGUGCUGCUGAAUAUCCGGCGGCGCGGUGUUGACACCUCGAUCCUGCUCAGGGACCAAUUAACGAAGUUGGGGGUGGAGAUGUGGUUGAAGAUUUACUCGCCCAUCAUUGAUAGUAUUAACCUUGUGCAGCGAAAGGAGAAAAUGGCGAGGAGGGCAAAGCUGUAUUAUAUGCGGAAGCCGAAGCACGAUUUCGGCCCAGUCAGGGGUAUCGUGUCAGAUUGGGUGCGGAGGAGUUACGCUGCGAAGAAGGGUUCGGUGGAUAAGGCUAGCCAGAGUGCUGGGCAGAAAGGACAGAAGGCGAAGAAGGCGAAGACGGCGAAGAAAUGAUGAUUAUGCGCUUUUCCAAGCAUCUCUUGAUCUUGGUUUUCACGCGUGGUAAGGUAGUGAGUGACCUACGAUGUACAGUACAAUACUAGAUCAAAAACGUAACCCC